GGUACGUCGAUUGUCAUCUGAUUACUACUUGUGUUUUGACCACCAUCCGGGCUGCGCCGGAUACUUAUAGACUGCUACCAACAACACAGCUAGUAAGUAUGCAACAGCCACAACCCUUUAAAAAGAAAAGGAAAUGUGUUACCGACCUUGACAGACACCGGAAACAUGCCCUAAAAUCAAUAAUCGUUAAGGAUUUACCCAUACAUGAUAUCCGAUGGAAUCUCGGGUACCUUACUGAAUUGUGUGAACCAGUAUUGUGUAAGGGACCUCCUGUAAACGGGUUUAAGUCAAGUGCAGAUGUAUUAAACAAAGUCAUCUUUAAGGUGUUUAUGUCGUACUCGGAUGCUUUCCAGCUAGGAUCCACAACCCAUCCACUUAAAAAUGUUAUUCUGAAACCAGGAAAUUAUUUAGAAGGUCCAAAACCUCGUAGCCUUAAGAAAAUGAGUGACACAAGUCUGCUUCCAAAUGAUUAUAAUAUUUACGAAGUGCAUAUACCUGAAAAUAAAACACUCGAAGACAUUAAUACCGUAAAAAUGAUUAAUUGGUUAUGGGUAAAUCAGCGUCAUAAUUAUGACGCCUGGAUGAAGAUGAUAAGAGUGAUGGUCUUGACUCAACGCCAAAUGCAAUUAGGUCCAAUUGAAAAUGACUUUGACAAAAAAUGUAUUUCUACAAGGGCAUCAGUGAAAGCAUUGAUCGGUGACCGAGGCCUAUGCCAUGGUUUAUGUGAUCUUAUAGUUCCGAAACUUUUAAUCGACCGAAGCACAGGAUUAUACAAUUGGCCUGGAUGGGCCUUGACUUUUGAUACGGAUGAAAACAGUUCAUUUCACUCGAGUUCACCCGGUAAUAGUGACUUCGACACGGACAGCGUCGACAGCGGACCCAUCGGCGUAGCAUGUAAUCGCCCCCGUAUAACGGGUUUUACGUCUUUUACUGAGACAUCCAGUGAAUCAUCAAGUGAAGCUUCAGGUAAAUCAAAAACUAGCAGGCUGGACGUUUUUAUUAAUGGCCACGGCGGGAACUACUGGGAUCAACGUAUGCGUAAACGGUUCGAUUUGUACAUGCGCACAUCGUUCAACGAACGGCGUAAUCGUGGAGCCAUUCGCGAGGCGAGGCGCAAGGUGCGUCUCCAAUAUGACAGUGAACGUCGUUCGACGGAGCCGCUCUUCAACGCGGAAGCAAAGCGCGCUGAAGCGUUGGCUGCUGAGCGUGUGCGUGCCGAGUUGCGACACCAAAACGCCACACAACGAGUCAAUAAUAAUCCCACACCAAGGGGAAAAUCCAUUGAACAUUAUUUGUAUCGGUAUAAACAGUUUAAUCACAAAUUAAAAUCUCAGUUGGAGUGUUCGUGGACACGAUAUUACGGAAAAAAGUUCAUUCCUACAUAUUUGAAUAAUUCGGAGCACCAAAAAGAUAUAUCGUUGAAAUGUUGGGUAUCACCAGUUCCGUGGAUUCAUCAAACCGGAAUAAAUGGCGGAUUUGCUGCGGUUAGUAUGGCCAUACGUCAAAUGAGAUUGAUCGAAGUAAUUCUGGGGGAGGCGGAAGGAAGAAAUUCAGACGAGCUGAAAGAUAUGUUGCGACAAUUAUCUCCAAACGGAGAUGUAUACUUAAAUUCACUCAAAAAUAGGUUUGAUAAUUUUGGUGUUAAAAGUCUAUCAGAAUUUAACAAUUCAACGAUGUUGCAUCUAAUAUCUAUUAUGAGAGAAAGCAAGGUAACAAAUUGGGGAGAAAUAUUUAGUGGUGACGUUUUAGCGCACGUGGCAAUGGUUGCUAACUUUUAUAACACACGGUUUGAAAUUCGUUAUGUGAGACAAGAUAUAUUGGCCAACUACAAAAAUGAUGAAAGUCCUGAAGCAGGCCCAUCGACAAGAGAUUCCCCAUUGUCCAUUGUGCAGCGUUUAGUACGUGGCCACUUAAUCGCUGUUUGUUUCGACGCCGAUGAAAAAAAAAGACCAACGACCAACGGCGGCCGUUCCGCAUAUUGGACCUUGCUGUGCGGCGUCAUUGUGGGAUUACCGUCAAAGAAACCUAAAAAGGAGCCAUUACCAGUGAAUAAGUUUGAUCGCAAAGACACGCAGUUGGCUUACGCGUACCACUACGAGCCCGAGACUCACUUAUUAACGCCAGUGGGAUUCGUCUGCCCGGAGACGGACGAGCCGGUGGACAUUGAAACGAUAAAGAAACGAGCUGAACACGUCGCCGAUAAACCGAACGAAAAUAGCGAUACACAUUGCAUAGACUGCAAAAUAGGACGUCAGAAGUGCCAGAAGUGUAUGAUCGAGUACGUUGACAAGAAACUUGACCUUGAACGGGACGCGGACAGCGUAUGGGUGGUGGCCCGGCAUCGCGACGAGUACGUGGUUUGGACACUCCGGGAACUUGCCAAAAGCAAUAGGCAGCUGCGCACGCCUGGCAAGGAAAUACUGAAAACCAUCCCUCAACAAAGGAAGAAUGAAUGGAUAAUUAGAGAUUCCCUGAUUGGUCGGUGCAGGCCGGGUCCGGGUGAGUCGCUCAAGUCAAUCAAUUCCGCGUACUGUCAACAGGAACGUGAACGACUGAACAUGGAAAGGCGCAAUAACCGCGACGUGUGCACCAUGGUGGUCGAACAGAUGGAGUCGUUGAGUCACCAAUACCCGGAUCUCCUCCCGUCCGAGUUGGUCGAAUUGCUGGACCUGUCCAUGUACACCAAUGAUUUGGCGGAACUGUGGAGGUCUGCGGCAACGGUAGCUUACGAAACCCCAGUCAAAUUCCCGCGGACUGAACCAGAAAUGCCACAUCAAAUGCCGGUAGCACCACCCCCGUAUCCGAUACCCACAUCACCGACACCAGUGACACCACCCACGCACACAGGGUCACCUAGCACAAAUUGUCCGUACAUUCUUCACAGUGGCCCUAACUUCGAUAGUUGCUUAGCUAAGCAGUACGUGUGCUUUGAGCCGUUAGAGAGUCGUUAUCAAAAUAAUGGCAUGGACUCAAUUCCCGAUGUAAACAAUAUAAAUGAUAUCUUGGUUAUGCCAGUCCAGUUCCAUUUUUCGAUCGAAGGCAAGUUGGCAAGUUGGGUUCGAAAAGAGCAGCGGUCUCAGAGGGACGACGCCAAAAAUCGUGCCUCAACAUCGGCCACGUUCACUGGAUAAGUUGUCCAGUGGCCGGUCGCGCCCGUCGACGGCGGUGACGGUUAGGUGAAGGUUUCGGCAGGACGGAGAACGGGGCGAGCCCGCCUUCGUUUCGCCGCAAAACCAAAUAGCGUGCGAGUCUAUCCAAACCCACAGCCGCCUGCGUCAACUUCCACCGUCUCAGCCACCAACGGUGCCGCGGGCGCAUGCGCCCAAACAAUUACCACCCUCAACCCACACAUUUUGCGAUCCAGCAUGCCACCGUAGCGCAACAUUCUACGGCUAUCAACACAACCCCCGUCACGCGAUUCUAAUCUCGACGUGAAUUGCGCCACACUUGCCAUUCACGCAUUCAUCAUUUCAACGUGAAUCGCACCACACACAUGCCGUUCUAGUAAUAAUUCUCAUCUCGACGUUAAUCACGUCACAAAUUCCAUCACACUCGUAACCACCCGAAUCCGCCGUAAUAUACUCACCGCUCGCGCUCGCCGUAAUAUAUAUAUAAUAUAUAUCAAUUUAUUAAUUUUUACUCGAUCACUGAACCGUGCCGAAAUGGAGAACGCGUCGAACACGAACCAAACAACCGAAUCGGACCCGGCCAGACGGGCCAGACAGGCCAGACAGGCCAGACGGGCCAGACGCAAUCGACUACGAAUCAACACCUGGCCCGAUGUCGUGGACGAACAACAAGGACCGCUGAUAACCAUCCAGACGACCAUCCUGUCGUUCGUCAUAAUGGUCGUGUUCUUAACACCAAUUUUGGUCAGCUGUUACGCGGCAAUCUACAUUUUCGCCGCCGAAUUACAAUUAUAUUACAAGAUUUUCACCUACCCAAUGCUGCCCGAUUUUCCUCAUUCCACAGUGGCAAGUUGUUGCGCAUUAUACCUUAACACAUUCCACGUGGCCGCCCUUGUAUUGUUUAUCAUUUUCAUGUGGCGAAAGACGUAUGUCAGUAUUCAAAUAAUCAUUGAAUACAUGUAUAAUGGUGAAAUAUUUUUGUUGUAAUAUAUUAUUAUCAUAACAUUUUAAUUCAAUAUUUCACUAUUAGUUAUAAUGUAGACGUAGUUAUAAAGCAAAUCCCUGAUUGGCCGUUUUGUAACGCUAACCAUUUGGUUUUUCUUACACCGAUUGAAUGAUGUCGAUCAGGGGUCGCUAUUACUAUUGUAGUUGUAUUUAAAAUAUUAUUCGAUAGUUUUUAGUAAUCGUGACAUUUUUAUUAUUU